AUGGACACUCAAAUGAAUGUAGAAGAAACAGCACCAACCCCCAGGGAUCAUACGGAGUCCAUUGCCUGUGCAACGGGCACAUACUUCGACGGCAAAUCCGUGCAAGAGAACCUCACCUACGACGUCCUUGAAUCCGGCGUGGAAAGGCCAUCCAAAUGCGUUGAAUUCUACACCAGCAUCGGCCUGGAUCUACCCACGGCUCUGGAAGCGGCGAAAUGGCCUGCCCAAACGCGCCAAUAUAACGCGCGCGCUUUACUCGCUUUCGAGAUGGGGGGUCGGUAUCCCCGGUUUAAAGUCCCUGGUCUUGUGGUACAGGGGGAAUUGGAUAGGGCUACGCCUGCGGAGAGUCAGGUGAGGCAUAUUGCGCAGGCGAUACCUGAUUGUCGGAUGUGUGUGCUCAAGGGGGUGAAUUAUUUCCCGCCGACGGAGGCGGUUGGGGAGAUGGAGAGGUUGGCGGAGGGGUUUGUUGAGGGGUUGGCUUGA